AUGGUCACCUGCAGGAAGAAAAGGAAUUAUAAAUUUGAUGGUUACAUGGGCUUCCUGGCCACUGCCAGUUUCACUGUGGCUUUCUUCUCCAGGAAGUUACCGGACAGUUUCAAUGAAUCCAAGUUUAUCACUUUCAGCAUGCUGGUCUUCUGCAGUGUGUGGUUGUCAUUUGUUCCAACCUACCUGAGUGCCAAGGGGAAAUAUGUGGUGGCUGUGGAGAUCUUCUCCAUAUUGGCCUCCAGUGCUGGGUUGUUGGGCUUUAUCUUUUUCCCCAAAUGGGUAAUGACUCAGAAUUACCAGCAUAUCCUUGCCUUGGCAUUUGCUAUCAAAGAAAUAAAUGACAAUCCCCAGAUUUUACCCAACAUCACCUUGGGAUUCCACAUCUAUGAUGGCUCUAUGAAUGUAAGGUCAACCUUUCGAGCCACAAUGGAACUGAUGUCCUCAGAGAACCGUUUUGUCCCCAACUACAAGUGUAACGUCCGGGACACUCUCAUUGCAAUCAUUGAAGGACUUGAAUCAGAUACAUCCCAGCAGAUAACAAAUAUGUUUGGCUUCUACAGAUUUCCACAGCUCCACCGCUUCCUGAAGCGUGUGUCAUUCAACAACAGUGCUGGGGAUAAGAUUUCCUUUGACCAGAAUGGAAUAUUAGUAGCAGGUCUGGAUGUUAUAAACUGGGUUGCAUUUCUAAACCAGUCCUUCUUCAGAGUGAAAGUUGGAAGGAUGAAUCCUCGGGCUCCAGAAGAUGAAAUCCUCACCAUUAAUGAGGAUGUCAUUGUAUGGAACAGGGGCUUUCACCAGGCACAGCCUGUUUCCUUGUGCAAUGACCCCUGUCAUCCUGGCUUUAGCAAGAUGAAGAAGGAGCAGGAGCAAUUCUGCUGCUAUGAUUGCAUUCCAUGUCCAGGAGGGAAGAUAUCUGAUCAAAAUGACAUGGCUGACUGUUUUCCAUGCAAAGAAGGUGAUUAUCCAAAUAAGGCCCAGAAUUCAUGCAUUCCCAAAGUUGUAAGCUUCUUAUCUUACAAUGAACCUUUGGGGAUGGGUUUAGCCACUGGUUCACUUUCAUUUUCUUUAGUCACUGUUCUGGUGCUUGGAACAUUUAUUAAGCACCAUGACACUCCCAUCGUCAAAGCCAAUAACCGGAAUCUCACUUAUACUCUUCUCCUCUCCCUCCUGCUCUGCUUCCUUUGUCCUUUGCUAUUCAUUGGUCAGCCUCAGAAGGUGACAUGUCUCCUCCGACAAACCACAUUUGGUAUCAUCUUCUCCAUGGCUGUCUCUUCUGUGUUGGCAAAAACCAUUACUGUUGUUCUAGCUUUUGUUGCCACCAAGCCAGGCUCCAGAAUAAGGAAGUGGGUGGGGAAAAGACUGGCCAAUGCCAUUGUUCUUUCCUGCUCAAUUAUGCAAGGAACUAUUUGUUUAAUCUGGCUGCUAACAUCUCCUCCAUUCCCUGAUGCUGACAUGCAUUCAGUAACUGGUGAGAUAGUACUGCAAUGUAAUGAGACAUCAUCUAUCAUGUUUUACUGUGUCCUGGGCUACAUGGGCUUCCUGGCCAUUGCCAGCUUCACUGUGGCUUUCUUCUCCAGGAAGUUACCGGACAGUUUCAACGAAGCCAAGUUUAUCACUUUCAGCAUGCUGGUCUUCUGCAGUGUGUGGUUGUCAUUUGUUCCAACCUUCCUGAGUGCCAAGGGGAAAUAUGUGGUGGCUGUGGAGAUCUUCUCCAUUUUGGCCUCCAGUGCUGGGUUAUUGGGCUUCAUCUUUCCCCCCAAAUGUUAUAUUAUUGUUCUGAAGCCUGAGCUGAACAAUAAGGAACACCUCAUGAGGAAAAACUACUGA